AUGACUUCAGACGACCUUCACACCGCGCUGUUACGGCCAGCAGUCAUCCAAAUCUUGAGAGCAGCCGGGUUUGGAUAUGCACGCCCGGCCGUGAUCGACAGCCUGGCCGAUCUGGCUGCGCGAUAUAUGAUUAUGCUAGCUUCUUCAACGGCACAGAACGCCUUCACCCUUCACAAUACCCCGGUGCCAACAAUCCAGGAUGUGCGUCUCGCUUUAAGCCAGUCCGGAGCGCUGACCCCGCAAAUGAGCACCGCGGAGGAAGGUCUGAGGGACGCAGUGGAGGUGGAGGGCGUGAUGGUUCCGUAUGAGGACUUACGAGGCGUUGAAGGAUUCGUAAACUGGGCUCAAGGACCGGUUAACAAGGAGAUUAGGAGGGUCGCGGGCUUCGGCGACGAUGUCAACGUGGAGGAGAUUGCAACAGGGCUCGAUGACCAAGAGGAUUAUUUGAGCGCCUUGAAGACGAAACACAGCAAAACAGGCGAAGAGUCUCGGUAUCAAGGCACAGUACUUGGGAAAGAAUCCGAAGUCCAAUCCGUCACGAUUGUAGGCGGACCGGCCACCUCGAUUGCAGAAUGGACGCAAAAGUCGCUCUCUGCGUCGGCGAAGAACAACGCAUGGCCCCCAGAAGCCAUGUCGCCUGCGACAUCGGGCAUCAGCAGCGCCCCCUUGACUCCUCUAGAAUCUGAAUGA